AUGCGGUUCCAAAGCCUCGCUGCCUGCACCUUCGGCCUGCUGGCCAGUCGAGGCCUUGGCCAUCCCGGACACGAUGCCAACGAGGAGAGAGCUGAGCGCCUCGGCUUCCUUAGCUCUUCCGGAAAACGCUCGCUCGACCACUGCGCCGAGAAGCUGGCCCUUCGCGGCGUUGAGAAGCGAAACGUUCUUCGCCGGUCGCAGCGGACCAACGCGGCUCGUGUCAAGCGCUCCCUCUCCGCGAGGGACGUCGACGCGGCCCUGAACAAGUCCCACGACGACACAUCCCUCGGCUACACGGUCGACACGGACCCCGCGACACUGUUCUCGGGCAACAGAUCGUGCGUGCUCACGCCCGAGGUUACCCAGGGACCCUAUUACGUCUCGGGUGAACGCGUUCGGGAAAACAUCGUCGACGGCCAGGACGGCAUCAGCCUUUUUCUCGACUUGCAGGUCAUCGACGUUGAAACGUGCGAGCCCGUCCCCGACGUAUACGUCGAGAUCUGGCACUGCAACUCCACCGGCGUAUACUCCGGGGUUGUUGCUCAAGGCAACGGUAACUCGCAGGAUGCAUCAAACAUCAACAAUACGUUCCUCCGCGGCAUCCAGGCAACCGACGCGGACGGCGUCGCCAACUUCGAGUCUCUCAUGCCGGGUCAUUACACGGGACGCACCACGCACGUACACGUCAUGGUCCACACCAACGCGACGCUGUACAAGAACGAGACCUUGGGUAAUCAGAUUCACGCCAGUCACGUUGGACAGGUAUUCUUCGACCAGGAGCUUAUAACCGCCAUCGAAGCCAUCGAGCCGUACAGCAGCAACACGCAGCAGCUCACGACCAAUGCCGAAGACAGCAUCUUCGCCCAGGAAGCAGGCACCAGCGGCGUUGAUCCCAUUAUGCAGUACACGCGGCUGGGAGACGACCUCAACAGUGGCAUUUUCGCAUGGAUAGCCUUUGGCAUCAACACGUCGUACUCGGGCGUCGUAACGCCAGCCGUCUUCUUGUACGACUCAGGCGGUGUGGAAAACCAGGAUUCCGGCAUGGGAGGCGGCUCCGGCGGCCCGGGUGGGGCGCCGCCCGCCGGAACACCUCCUGACGGCGGUCCCAGAGGAGGCUCAGCAUCUACUGCUGUGACUGCGGCCGGCACGGUGACCGGUUCAUCAUCAUCCAGAGUGAACGCCUCAAACGCAGCCGGGAUAUCGUCGAGUCCGAGUGGCUCAAAUGUAUCGCCAACGUCGGGGACGACACAGGUAUUAUCGGAAGCCCGUGGCAUCUUCGCAUUGCUUCCAAUGGUGGCCACACUGGCUUUACUGCCAAGACUCGUCUAA